CCUCUCCAAUUCCAGUCUCCGGGAUAAAAAGUCAAUUUAACACUCAAAUUAGUAAGAAUUUCCGUCACUUUAAACUUUGACUACAUUUUUGUGAGUGAACGUCAAUAUCAUACUUUUUGGUGUAAUUCGGCAUCAGCACAGAAGUACCGUAUCUUUCCGGUUGAGUUGUGAACGUUGAUCCGUCUUUCUCGAGCGGAGCGGCGCCAGAUGUGCGUCUGAAAAGGCACAUGGGGUUUGAAAUAUCCCUGAAUUCUGGCCGUGAAAACGAGAAGGAUACGAAGGAUAAAACAAAAAGAGAUGGGCCCUGCACCCUGUGGGCUCCAUGUGUCUGGAUAUACAGUGAUGGGAGAUGCUGAAGCCAAAGUUUGGCGGAGUAACAGGAGGUGUAUGUUGCCUCUCACUGUAGUUUCCCUGCCACUACCAUGAGUUGGAGUUUCCUGACUCGGCUGCUGGAAGAAAUCCACAACCAUUCUACAUUUGUGGGCAAGAUCUGGCUCACUGUGCUCAUCGUGUUCCGCAUUGUGCUGACAGCCGUGGGCGGUGAGUCCAUCUAUUACGAUGAGCAGAGUAAGUUUGUCUGCAACACAGGCCAGCCGGGCUGUGAGAACGUCUGCUACGACGCCUUCGCUCCACUCUCACACGUCCGCUUCUGGGUUUUCCAAAUCAUUCUGGUGGCUACACCGUCGCUCAUGUACCUGGGCUACGCUGUCAACAAGAUUGCUCAUACAGAGGAGCAGGGAGGCAGUGCAGGAGUGAGUGGAUUUUCACGGAAGAAACUCAAGAAUCUUCCAGGCAGAAAGCAGCACAGGGGCAUUGAAGAGGCUGAGGAUGAGGAGGAAGACCCCAUGAUCUAUGAUAUGGCUGAGGGGGAGAGUGAUGGCGGUGGAACAGCAAAAGAAAACAGCGGUGAUGGACAAGCGAAGGUCAAGGUGCGCCAUGAUGGGCGCCAGCGUAUCAAAGAAGAUGGACUGAUGAGGAUUUAUGUCCUUCAGCUCUUGGCCCGCUCCUUGCUGGAGGUGGCUUUCUUGUGUGGACAGUAUGCCCUGUAUGGGUUUGCUGUGCCCGCCACCUACGUGUGCUCAGACCUGCCCUGCCCUCACAGCGUGGACUGCUUUGUGUCACGGCCCACUGAGAAGACUAUCUUUCUCCUCAUCAUGUACACAGUAUCUCUGCUCUGUCUGACACUCAAUAUAUGGGAGAUGCUUCACCUGGGCAUAGGGACCAUCUGCGAGAUUGUACGCUCCCGCCGGAUGCAGCUCCAUGACGAUGAGCUGUACAGGCUGAUGCGGAGACAAGGGGCCCUUAAUGAUGCAGGAUCGAGCGGAGAGGAUUACAGCAGCUACCCUUUUUCUUGGAACGCGCCAUCAGCCCCACCCGGGUACAACAUCGGCAUCAAGCCUCUUCUGGUAUCCACAGGACACCACAACCAACCACUACCCAUCACAGAUAUCUCUAAUGCCAAGAGGGCAUGCCGGCAGAACCACGUGAACAUUGCCCAAGAGGAGCGUCAGCAGUACACCAGUAAUGAUGAAAACAUGUGCAGAGCAGGGAUGGCAGAUACCCCCAGAGGUGUUAAUAAGGACAUCCGUCAGCUUCAGAACAGGCUGGAGGCUGACAGUCAGGCCUACAGCCAGACACAGAGCCAGAGUAAUAACCACAGCAAGCUUCACCGUGAACGUAAACACCGGCAGGCGUCCAAACAGCCCUCGAGCAAGGCAGACGCAGACAGAGGCAGCAGCAGUAGUAGCAGCAAAUAUGGAGUCAUAAAGGGUUCUGAGUGGAUCUGAAGUACAGUCGGUGACUUCUGUUUUUGUUAGUUUUAAACAAUGCAAAUCCUUCACAGACAGUAUUUACCUUUGUGUGGCAAUACCUUGUAUGAACAAAUGGACACGGCCUGGGUUUACAUUCUUUUCAGUAGUUUUCACACCAUUAAUAGUUUUAUGUGAUGAUUAGUGUCAGGGUCUACCUUGUACCAGUCUGCUGAUAGCUGUCCAAUGAGGAUCAAACACUUUGUGCGUAGACAAGAUCUGAAAACUUAAAGAGCCAAGGGAUAUAAAUGGUACAUGUUCAUGCAGAUAUAUUUCAGAUUGUGACUCGAAUUCAACAUUUUGACAUUUUGACAACAUUAAUCGAUUAGUUGACGACAGAAAAAUAAUCUUCAAUAAUUUUGAUAAUUUAUUGUAAUUUUUUCAAGCAAAACUGAUAAAUAUUCUGUUUUCUGUUCUCAAAAUGUGCGGAUUUGCUUUUCUGUUUUAUAUCAAUGUAAACUGAAUAUCUUUGGGUUGGACUGUAACCCUAACCCUAAUUUUCGUUGGACAAAAGUUAUAUUAGUAUUCAGGUUUAAGUUGCCUUAAAACUUAACAGUGCAAGAAAGAUUCUGUUACUAAUAUGUAAAUAGCAACUUGUAAGAAAUCCAUUGAAGAUAAUCACUUAGUACAUUUUGUUAAAUAGCUUUUGCAGGAAGAUGUUGGUGCUGUCUUUGAUUCCCGGUAAAUAUGCAGAGGCCUCUCCACUGUAACCUAAGGUGCCUUACUUUUACAGUCAAAGUGCUGCUUCCUGUUAACUCUGCAUCACGGUUAAGUGCAACUGUUAAAUAAGUAUUUUUUUUUCUACUAGUUAAGUUCUACUGUCUAUGUGACUAGUUUCAUUACCAUCCAGAGGCCAAGCUUUGAACAGUUUUGUUGUUUCUGAUAAUACCACAUUUAUUUUUUAUUUUCACUAAACCAGGUUUGAUGUGGAUUGGUUUUUCCAGCCAUAAAGAAAUAAUGAGAGGCCUGUUCUAAGGAGUUCCUUGUCAUUAAUACAUCUUUUUAUUUGCAAAUGUUCAAAUUGAAAUGUCAUUAAGGCUAGUACUUUGCACUGUCCCUGUGUUUUUGUGGAUAAUAUUUUUCUAAACAAAAAGGUUUGUUGGCAUGUUUUGAAUAAAGAAUUCAUAUUCGU